UUGGUGCAGUUUCUAAAACUAAGUCUUUAGAAACAAAACAAACCAAACAUUCAUACAAGAAGAAUAUUUCACUGAAUUCAUUUGCAAAACAAGAUAUGCAGACUCGUGCAACUAAUCUCUUUAAAAAAAACUUACAGAUCUGGGUUGUUACACUGAUAGAAUGUCUUCAAAGAGGUUCCGGUUUCUCUUUGGAAUUUUUCUACUAGGAACUCUCUCUAGUUUGUGCGUUGCCGAGGACUGUGGCGGCAAACGCUGUCGUGGCUCGUGUUGUGGUGAUGGAUUGUCUGAAUGCUGCCUGGACAGCCUGAACAGCUUUAACAGCUUUACCAUUAAAACAUAUGGAGAAAAGGAAGAUCACGACCUAAAAGUGGCUGAUAACUCUUCUUUCGAAGCCCAUCGAAGGCAAUUCUUCAUUUUAUUUAUCGUGCUUUUUUGCUUGUCGAUCUUGAUUUGUAUCAUCUUUGGUGUUCUGAAUUACUUCUACUGGGAAAGAGGAAGAGUGGUAGGUGGAACAACUUACUUCGGCUAUGGUCCGCCACCUGCUUACACCACUGUUUCUCGUCCGGUGCAGCCUCGGUCACCUUUGGCAACUCAGUAUUCAACUCAAUAUUCAGAACCAACGAGAUAUUCAUCGUAGUUAGACUCGCAAGACUUGAAGCGGCCUUCAUAACACUGCAGUUAUGUUUAAAUUACAGACAUAUAGAUAUAAUCUACUGUAAAGGCUCUCACUCGGCAAACACAGCUCAACACAACCAACUCAAAGAAAUGUACGACUCGGACUUAAAAUUACGUAAUUCCUUAAUGUCAAAUUACUUCCAAUAACGUAAGCUGGCAACUGGAAAAAUGCUCAACUGUGGAUAUCUGUAAUGCCGUAUUAAAAUCUGCACUAAUGUACCGAACUCUACUGGUUUCCAUCUCGUUCUAGACAUGCUCUGAAUUCUACUGUCCCGGAACUAUCUUCCCACUGGACUCACUUAGUCAAACUAAAACUGAAUAACCUUUUGAGCCUGUCACCUUUGCUCUCUGCAUAAGGUGCUCAAAGCCUUUUUUGAAUACCGUCGAGAGUCUUCAUAUCACUAGGGCUGUGUUACACAUAUAUGUGGGUAUACUUAGUGAAAUUUCCUUGCGGUUUACCGGUAACCUUUGAGACUAUAUAGCAUGUGACCGAAUAUUUACGUAACAGGAAGUCUGGAAAAAGUUAAAACCUGGUUUGGAAAUGUCCUACAAUAGCACGAUUGUUGUAUGUUCUUAGUCUGACGGCUGUCAACAUCUGAAUUAUAAGUAAAAAUGAAUGCAGUCUAAAAUUUUGUUUUGGUUGCGUUGUGGCUAAGUUUGCUAAGCACUUGGCUACUGCCACAUAUAUCCCAAGGUCUGAAAGAGUUAAUUUGCUUACUUGUUAUUUCUAUAGAGUAGAAAAUGUCCUGAAAGAAAGGAUCACACAUUUUUCUAAUGCGAAGGCAAACAAAGUGACAAGUCUAUUUCUGCAACAGUUUUAUAAUAAAUAAUAUCAAUAACAUAAGAAAUAUUUGUAUUUAAGUCUCUGGAGUUAAAGCUCUUGUAAAAUUUUAUUUACAAUAGAGUUCUGUGAAAUAGCAUGAAAAAAUCUUAUGGGGCAUCAUUUUUCCAGUCCAAGUAAAACUAAUUAAACAUCAUUUUUCUGGUCAAAGUAAAAUUAAUGUGACAUCAUUUUUGUGGUCAAAGUAAAAUUAAUGUGACAUCAUCUUUCUAGUCAAAGUAAAACUACUAUGACAUCAUCUUUCCGAAGUAAAACUGAAAUUGUCUGUGAGCUCCGUAAAAACGUUGCAUUUCCUAAAAUAGUAAAUACGAAUUCAAACUUCAUCGAAUCAACUUACUAACAAUAAUCUGCGUAUAAGAUUCAUGGAUAUUUAAGUGCGUAAUUUUUAACAUGGUAGCAGAUAAAGGUUCUCAAAUUUUGAAAACUACGACGACAUCUGGUAUAGUUUGAGCACACUGUACAUUGUCAUUAUCGAACUUCCUGUGAGUGAGGGGGGUUCAAAGUUCUGUGUGAGUAAGGGGUUUUAAGUUCAAAUCUUUACUUCCAAAAGUCCUGGACUUAAGAAAAAAUAAAUGAAGGAAAUGCAGGUAAGUCAUCAAACAAGGAAAAAACGUGUUGGGUCUCCAACUUUUUAAAAACUGAAUUCAUCACGUCUUGGACAGUCAAUAAUAAUAGGACAUACAGUUUUUUUUUUCCACACAGCAAGGAUAGCGUAACCUGAAGUCAAGUCUGAAUUGUUAUGAACCAACGGGACAACCCUAAGUUCUGUGCCAUACCACAAAAGCUUUUUCAGACUUUGGAAGUCCCCACCACGGAGAAGCCAAGUCAGGGUACCUCAUAAGCUGUCAAAUUCUGCAGACUGUUAGACACUACUCAUCGUUCUACAUCAUUUUUAACGGUACUGCUAUUCAAAAGGAUACCAUUACAAAACGUAUACCAGGAGCUGAUGGCUAAUGCAAUCGUUCUAUGAUUGGAAAGUGUACAAAACUGUAAGCUGCUGGUGCAAAAUUUGCCCACAAAAAACAAACAAACUAGUCCAAUGUUCUAUAAACAUGUUUGAUGUUUGAUGUUAUUACAAAAGAAUUUGUCGUGUGGAAAUCAUUGCAACAAUUAGUCAAUGCAAUUUGUCUCGAAAAGAGAGAGUCAUAUCAAGAAAGAUCUGCCACAGUUUUUGGUUACAAAAGAAGUACACGAAGAAAUUGCUGGUGCAGUUUAAGAUGUUGAAGAACGCUGAGAUCUCCACCAGAAGAUAGGUCAGCAAAGGAGCCUGGGUACUGACGGACGCUAUGGCGCUUAUAAGAGAAG